GUUAUCGGCAUAUCGAAAAAUCAGUAGUUAGCAUUUUGUUCUAGAAUUUGCAGCUUGCUCAAAUGAUUUUAUUGCCAUAAAACAUGGUAAAUGUUAUGAAAGGAGUACUCGUUGAAUGUGAUCCGGCUAUGAAACAAUUUUUACUACAUUUGGAUGAGAAACUGGCGUUGGGUCGAAAAUUUAUCAUACAAGACUUGGACGAGAAUCAUUUGUUUAUUUCCACGGAUAUUGUUGAGGUGCUUCAGGCGCGUGUUGAUGAGUUAAUGGAUCGCAUUAGUUUUCCACUCCACGAGAAGGAUCCAUAAA